AUGUCGCUAUUUGGAAAUAACAGCGGUGCCGGUGCAGGCGCAGGUGGUGGAUUUAGCUUUGGUCAAUCUUCGCAGCAGCAGCAACCUGCUCAGUCUGGCGGAUUCAGCUUUGGUGGCGCAUCUGGAUCCACAGCGCCUAAGCCAUCUCUCUUUGGUGCGGCUGCUGGUACUAGCAACAGCGCGUCAACUGGGACUACCACUCAACAGCCUCCAUCGAGUGGAUUUGGAGGAUUUGGAGGAUUCGGUCAGCAGCAAACUUCCCAGCAACCCGGUCAACAAACACAACAGCCAGCCCAAACUGGUGGUUUGUUUGGAAGUCAACCACCAGCUUCAUCGACGACGGGCACGGGUUUUGGAGGUUUUGGACAGUCGCAGCCACAGCCACUGCAACAGCAACAACCUCAGCAGUCUCAGCAGCCCGCUACUUCGAAUAGCGCCUUAGGGUUUGGGUUGGGAGGUGGGAGCACCGCCAAUACAACAGGUGCUUUCGGAAGUACGAUUGGUGGUGGAUUGGCUGGCACAGGUGGUCCGAAUAACUCACAACAGCCCCAGCAAUCACUCACCCGGACAACUAAAUACAACGACCUCUCAGACGCACAUAAGAAAGUGAUAGACGAUAUAGAUGCCCACAUACAAGGUAGAAACCACAUAGCAUUGAACCUCAAGUCGGAGCCACUGGGCAAGGACGUGGAUAGAUCAUCAGUGCUGCUUGAGCAAGUAUCGAACGAUUUGAUGAGUCUGAAGAGCACACUUUCGCACACUUCAGCUGCUCUCGACAGUCUCAAAGAGGACACAGACACUGAUACAGUCCGAGCACUCACCAUGACGCGCAUAAUUGAUGGCUACAAACGCCCACAAGAGAGUGGCGCGUGGCUCAAAACAUAUAGGGACUUCCCUCAUGAGUACUUUACACAAAUGUCAGUAGAUCUUAAAGACAGAGCGACUAAAUAUACCAGUACACUUGAGCAGAUAGAAAGACAUUUGAGAUAUCUGCUCAGCACCAACAGCCAGCAGCAGGCCAUGUACACACCACACAGUAUCGCUCAAAUACUGCAAACGCAGCAUUCAACCUUUAUGAGUCUCGCAAGCCACGUCGCAGAGCUGCAGAGCGCGACGGAAGGACUCAAGGAGGGAUACAGGGAUAUAUGGAGAAACAAGACCAAAUCGUACGCUGAUCCGUUCACGCUGCCGAAUGAAGGCGCUUAG